AUGCUCGGCGCACGCUCAAAUACCUCAACGCUCAAUGGCGCAUCCUCUGGCGAUGAACAGCAACUCCAAGACCUCGAAAGUCUUUCCCAGCGUAUACGCGCCCUCGAGACCUUGCUCGCCCCUUCCACUUCAACGGCAGCAGCAAGAGCCUCCGGAAGUGGAAGUAGUUUUCUAGGAGCCACAUCCACUUUGUCAUUGUUGUCGAAUGAGAACGAGAGUCUAACGGAGGAUACCACACCAGGAGGAGGAGGAGGAGGAGGAGAGGAUAUUGUUAGCACAUCAACGUCGUCAUCCCCGAGAGGAGGACGCGUAGGAGGGGACCCUCACUUGGUUCAGCAACACCCUUCCCGGAACCACCAUCAUUAUCACAGCCACGAAGUGAACGCUGCUGCUGCGGGCUCGCUGUCGAGGCGUAUUCAGAAGAUUGAGACCACGCUGUGGGCGGCUGCCAAGGAGCGAAAGCCUACCGAGGAGUUCUUGCAGAAGUACGAGGCGUCCAACUUGAUCACGCCGGCCAAUGGAAGCCACUCGGACAGGGAGCUGUUGACGCUCUUGGCAAAGACAGAGCUUAUCUUGGCGGCCCAGGACGAGCUCCUGAAACUCUCUGAAGAGUCCAAGGACAUCCAGAGUUUACAACGCUGUGCCGAAAUCGGCGGCCUCAAAAAUGUCGAAUCCCAAUACCCCGUCCUUUCUAAGCUCGAAACCAUCCACAUUGAGCAGUGUCAAGAGUCCAACAUAGUUUCUGACAAAGUCAACAAGCUGACAGAUGAUUACAAUGGGCUGAUCAAUACCUUGUCAGAGGUGUUCCUCUCUUGGGAUGCCCUUCUGACAGCAGCAGAGUUGAAGGUCUCUGAAGUGGAAAAAUCCAAAAAGUGA